AUGGACAGCAGCAGCGAGCCUCUGGUGGGGGGGGAGGACGAGGCGGCCUGCACAUCAGCCUCAGAGGGCCUGGAGGAGGGGGAGGUGGAGGGGGAGACACUACUGAUUGUGGAGUCGGAGGACCAGGGGUCUGUGGAUCUGUCACAUGAUCAGAGUGGGGACUCGCUGACCAGCGACGUGGGUGAGGAGACAGACGGAGGCUGGGCCUGCGAGGACAUGUCCUUCUACUGCGACCGCUGCCACAAGUGGAUCCUUGCAGCUCAGCUCCGUGGGGAACAGCCCAGCUACCUGAAAGGAGACAACUUCUUCAAGUUCAUUUGCAGUGAUUGUUCUGAGGACGGGAAGGAGAGCUACGAGAGGAUGAGGCUCACCUGGCAACAGGUGGUGAUGUUGGCCAUGUACAACCUGUCUCUGGAGGGUACAGGCCGCCAGGGCUACUUCAGGUGGAAGGAAGACAUCUGCGCAUUCAUUGGUCGGCACUGGAACUUCCUGCUGGGAACCAGGAAGAAGACGUCGACAUGGUGGAGCACGGUUGCCGGUUGCCUGUCGGUUGGAAGUCCAACCUUCUUCCGCUCUGGAGCGCAGGAGUUUGGAGAACCUGGCUGGUGGAAGCUGGUCCAGAACCGACCCCCCACCCUGAGACCGGAGGUGGAUAAGUCCAGCACCAAGACUAAAGUGUCCAAACCAGCACUGGACCCGAUCAUCACUGUAGAGGGCCUGAGGAAACGGGGCACCAGGAACCCAGUGGAGAAUGCCAUGCAGCUGAAGGAAAAACGCUCCCGCACUCAGGAGGCCAAGGACAUCCGGCGAGCGCAGAAGGAGGCUGUGGGCGGCUACACUGACUGCAGUGCCUCCUCCACGCCCGUCAAACUAGGUGGAGGUCGCAGUGGGAGCGGCGGGCGGCGCCCCGAGCUGGUUCUGGAGAAAGGUGAGGUCAUUGACUUCUCCUCCCUCAGCUCCUCAGACCGUACGCCACUUACCAGCCCAUCACCGUCACCAUCACCGGACUUCUCCGCUCCAGGAACACCAGCUUCUCACUCGGCUACACCUAGCUUGCUGUCAGAGGCUGACCUGAUUCCUGAUGCAAUGCCGCCGCAGGCGCUUUUCCACGAUGAUGAGGAGAUGGGGGGGAUGAUUGACCCUGGGAUGGAGUACAUCCCUCCUCCUACCGCCAACCUUGUUGCCCGCAAGAAGCUCCGCCCAGUACCGCCGAUCAAGCGAGAAGUAGAGAGUGAGGAUGACGAUGGCCAUGGGCAUGAGGAAGACUUUGAAGAGCCAGUGGGGCGGCGCGAAGGUCCACCUACAUCCUCUGGUGGAGGGGGUGGAGUAGGCGGCGUCGAACGGAGGAGGAUGGCGCAUCUGGAGAAAGGAGACGGAGUCUCCAGCUCUGCCCAGAGUCCUCGCUACGCCAUCCUCAGCCUGUACGAGGAAAGGAUGCUGCUACGGCGGCUUGACACCUGCCCGCUGGCGCUUGCUGUUACGCCGCCGGCAAAACGCCUUCACAGGAAGCUGUUGGUCCGCCAGGCCAAGAGGCAGCGGGGGCUCCCCCUGCUGGACAUUGAUGGAGCUGUCAGUGCCGCGCUGAGCCUGGUGGGCGGGAUCUACAGUGCCCAGGAGACGGGGUCUCAGCUGGUGGGCGGACUCAAGGGGAGAUACUGCACCAGCAGCCAGGAACUGCGAAUUCUGGACCGCUUUCAGACGAACCCCCCCAGCAGGCAAAGUAUCCAGCAGAAGUCCGUGUCUUUCUGGAACCGUUUGAUGGGAGCUGAAGGCGGUUUGGACCAGAGCAUCAAGAGUCCGUACACGUCCCGGAUCCUGAAACCAUUCAUCAGGAGGGAUUACGAGUCUCGCCCAGUGAAGCUCCGCCUGCUGGCUGAGAUCCGGGCGUUCCCUCAUCGGAAAGAUCUGGACUGGACUCCUGAACCAGAUGCUCCGCUCGACUACUGCUACGUCCGCCCGAACCACAUCCCAUCCGUCAAUGCCAUGUGUCACGACAGCUUCUGGCCAGGUGUGGACCUGUCCGAGUGCCUCCAGUACCCGGACUUCAGCGUGGUGGUCCUGUAUAAGAAGGUGGUGGUCGGCUUCGGGUUCAUGGUGCCGGAUGUCAAAUACAACGAGGCCUACAUCUCCUUCCUGCUGGUCCACCCGGAGUGGAGGCAGGCCGGGAUAGGGACCUUCAUGAUCUACCAUUUGAUCCAGACUUGCAUGGGGAAGGAUGUGACGCUGCAUGUGUCAGCCAGUAACCCGGCCAUGCUGCUGUACCAGAAGUUCGGCUUCAAGGCCGAGGAGUACAUCCUGGACUUCUACGAUAAGUACUACCCCAUGGAGAGCAGCGAGUGCCGGCACGCCUUCUUCCUGCGACUGAGACGCUGACGCCUGACGCAGCAUGGACAGAACCGGACCUGUAUGGCCCGUUGAAGCAGUUUGGGUCAGCUGACAUGUUUUAUACAGUGAAGCCGUUUGGUCCAGUUUCAGAUGUUAAAUCAUAAACAAGGGGUGGGGCUUUUCCAGCCCCGCAGAAACCUUCUGUUUCCUCUGCAGCUGAUUUCAAACCUGUUUUUUUCUCAUGUAGAUGUGAUGAAUAAAGAACCUCCGCCCA